CCAGUCAGUGUAGGUAAUAAAGCACUAGAUGGACCAAUGGUUCAGUGGUAGAACAUCUGCUUUGCACACAGAAGUUCCCAGGUCCAAUCCCCAGCAACUCUCAAGUUGAAAGGAUCUCAAGUUUAGCAGUCCUUGGAAAACCAAUUCCCAGGAGAUGUAACCAACGGUAUGAACAAUUUUCUCUGCAGUUGUGGGUGGCCCCAUAUGGCAGGCAUGGGGAACCUCCAGCCCAUGGGGUAACUUAAGCCCAAAAGGAGUCCCAUUUUGGUCUGCAGAGCUGUUACCCACCAGCACCUGACACACCGUGCCCCAAAAGUUUAAAACAAGAACAUUCUUCUGUGGGAAAGCUGAUAGCUAAGCAGAGUCCCGGAAAAUAAGAUGGCUGGCUUUCAGGUGGCCUUGGUUUAAUCACAGAUCACCUGGGCAACACUUAUAUAAAGGUAAACACACACAAACCUCCAGGUAUCUUAUCUUGAAUUUUGCCAGGGACCAAGGUGAAAGGAAAGGUAUAAAGAGGCUGAAGGCCCUACAGGAAAACCCUUCUUGCGAGGACUUAACAGCCGACAGGAUGAACCUUGCUCGGUUCCUAAUCUUGGCAUCAAUUUAUGUCUCCCUUCUAGUAGGCUCGGACACGGCCUCCAUCCCUAGGAACUUGUUGCAGUUCCAUAACAUGAUCAAAUGUACCAUUCCCAGCAGUGACCCAAUGAAGGAUUAUGCAGACUAUGGUUGCUACUGUGGCUUGGGGGGCAGCGGGACACCAGUCGAUGAGCUGGACAAGUGCUGCCAGAUCCACGACAACUGCUACGGUGAGGCCAAGAAGCAUUCCGAGUGCAAAUUCCUCAUAGACAACCCUUACACCAAGACCUAUGCCUACAGCUGUUCGGGCAGUGAUGUCACCUGCAGUGAUGACAACGAUGAAUGUGCGGCGUUCGUCUGCGAGUGCGACCGUAGUGCGGCAAUCUGCUUUGCAGGGGCUCCAUACCAAGAGGAAUAUAAACAGCUGGACACAAGCAAACACUGCAAGUGAUGUUUGUGCUACAAACCAUGCAAGGCCCUCGCUGCCGCUUCUCAUGCAUGCUGAUCCUUUGGCGGACAACUGGAGAGAUUGAGACAAGGUCCAUAAAGCCGUUGUGUGUUUUCUACAGCAAAGGGGUUGCUUCCUGAGUCAUGAAUAAAAUAAAAGCAAGCAUCUAAA